AAGUAUGGACAGGGGCGGGGGCUGCUUGUAGAAUGGCCCCGGGUGAUCUCUUCUCAUCCACGGACCCGGUGGAGACGGCGAACUCCAACAAUCUGGGGGCUCGGGGUCGAGAUAGAGGUCGGCAUUCGGCAAAUACCAGACGAGACCUGAAUGGGCACGGAAGGCUGCAGGCGCCUCUAACAAAAGGUCUGGAAGUUGGUGUUUGGAAAAUGGGAGGCGGCAGCAGUACUGAACUUGUGGUGGAACAGGAGAGGAGACCAGAGCUCCUUAAAGACCCAUGGAGGAAUAUUGAGUGGAACCCUAGCACAAGAAAGGACCUCAUGAAAUACAUACAGGAUUACAAGCCCCUUAUCGAUUCAGUGCCUCAGGCUCGGAUUCUUCUCAUUGGUCAGAUUACAGCUGGAAAAUCAAGCUUCUUCAACUCCAUCAACUCAAUCUUCCGUGGCAACAUAACAAGCCAAGCUGACGUAGGAUUUGUAGGAACAAGCCUGACCUUGAAGUAUCGCACUUACCAGGUGAUGGCAGGUCGAGGAGGACAGCCUCUGGGAUUCCUACUGUGUGACACCAUGGGAUUGGAGGCAACUGCGAAUGGAGGGGUGAAAACUGAAGAUAUUGAGAGGAUCCUGAAUGGCUACAUACCGGACGAUUACCAGUUCAACCCUGCAUCACCAUGGCAACCUGGUGCUGGUCAGACAGAGUUACAAAUUAAGGACAGAAUCCACUGUGUGGUGUAUGUGAUAGACAGCUCAACAUUAGGAAUUAUGGCUACAGAAAUGAAGAAGAAAGUUGAUGAAAUCCGAAAGAAAACUAGUUUUCAAGAUGUGCCUCUAUUGGUGCUACUGACCCAUGUGGACAGAGCGUGCCCGCAUGUGGAAAAGGACUUGAAGAAGGUGUAUCACAGCUGCUACAUAAAGGAUAUGAUCAACAGAGCUAGCGGGUGUCUGGGCAUCCGACCAUCAAAUGUGAUUCCAGUGAAGAAUUACCAUGAUGAGAGUGAGCUGAAUAAUACCUGUGACAUCCUGCUCCUCAAGGCCAUGAAGCAGAUGCUGGACUUUGCUGACAAUUACUUUGACAACUGUCAGAAAGUUGGUGUUGGGAAAAUGGGAAGUGGGAGCAGUACCCCAGUGACAGAGGAGAACAAACCAGAGCUCCUUGGUAAAGCUUGGAGGGAUGUUGUGUGGGACCACAGCACACGAACUGAUCUCAAGCAAUACCUGCAAGAUUACAAGCCCACUAUCGAUUCAGUGCCUCAGGCUCGGAUUCUUCUAAUUGGUCAUAUUACAGCUGGAAAAUCAAGCUUCUUCAACUCCAUCAACUCUAUCUUCCGUGGCAACAUUACAAGCCAAGCUGCAGUAGGAGAAAUGAAAACCAGCCUGACCUUGAAGUAUCACACUUACCAGGUGAAAGCGGGCCGAGGCGGACAGCCUCUGGGAUUCCUACUGUGUGACACCAUGGGAUUGGAAGCAAGGGAGGAUGGAGGGGUGAAAAUUGAAGAUAUUGAGAGCAUCCUGAAGGGCUACAUACCAGACAAGUACCAGUUCAACCCUGUGCAGCCAAUGAAAGCUGAUAACUCUCAGGCAUGGAGCACAUUGGCUCUUAAGGACAGGAUCCACUGUGUGGUGUAUGUGAUAGAUGCCUCCACAACUGGAAUUGUGGACCAAGGAAUGAAGAAUAAAAUUGAUGAAAUCAGAAAGAGAACUAACUCGGCAGAGGUCCCUCUAUUGGUGCUACUGACUCAUGUGGACAAAGCGUGCCCACAUGUGGAAAAGGACUUGAAGAAGGUGUAUCACAGCUGCUACAUAAAGGAUAUGAUCUACAGAGCUAGCGAGUGUCUGGGCAUCCUACCAUCAAAUGUGAUUCCAGUGAAGAAUUACUUUGAUGAGAGUGAGCUGAGUGACACCUGUGACAUCCUGCUCCUCAAGGCCAUGAAGCAGAUGCUGGACUUUGCUGACAAUUACUUUGACAGCUGGGAGGACGACACAGAGUAGAUGAAUUGAUCAUAUUGAGGGGUUGUGCCAUUGCCUUUCUCUGUCCAUGUCCUUGUGGUCUACACCACACCUUUGUUUCCUGUAAACCUGCAUUAGGCUCUUUCUGUACCUUUCCGACACAGAAACCUUUUCAUAACAUGGAUUUAUAAUUGUCUUCUCACUCGAGUAUGAAUGAUGCUUAGAUAUAUUCUAUACAAUAUAAAUUCGAUAUAUCCUUUAUAUAUGUGUAUCCCCAAAGAAAUCUCCUCAAUUAUAGAAGUACAUAUGGACUUGAUGUUUUUCCUAGACAGCCCAAUCUUACAAGAGAAAAAAAAUAGUUGAUUUUCACAGCAUUUUCUUCCCAGCCAAUGCCUUCUCUAGUUAAACCAUAGAGGCUAUACCAUCUCGCGUAGUCACUGGCUAACAUACAAUAGCCAUUUCUGUGGUUUUUUUUCUCUUGCCCUAUUCAUCACAAUCGUGGUGAAUUAAAAAAAAUCUGUUAAGUCAAAAACAGUACUGUGUCAUGCUAUGCAAAUAUACAUCCAGCACCAUUGAUCUACAGGGGAGUGGGCGGUACCAGGAACUACACCGAAAAGGGUAUCACAACAGUCCUAACACCUUUCCGCAUAUGCUAAUCAUCCAAGGGCAGCACUGGCAAUUAAAUA